AUGACUCACACUUUGCCAAGGACCAACUCAGCCUCCAAGCCAAAUGAGCCAGUCACCAAGCAAAAGAUCCGUCGUGUAAAGGCAAACGGCCGUGAGCGACAGAGAAUGCACGGACUGAACAGUGCUUUGGAUUUACUCCGUCAAUGUGUGCCUAUCACCACGCAACAUCAGAAACUCAGCAAAAUCGAGACGCUUCGCUGUGCGAGAAAUUAUAUCGGCGUACUACAGCGAAUGGCUACUACUGGCUGGCAACCAACACCACUUGAAUAUGCUCGGAUUCUCAGCGCUGGAAUGAGCCAAACAACUACGAAUCUUAUCGCAAAUAUGCUCCAGGUACCACCCCGUUUGGUGAUGGGCUCUCCACUCACUCUUGGGCAUCAAAUGAAUACCCUCCUACCCAACAACUAUUUCAUGGACACAAUGCCGAGCAGCAGUGACUCGAGUUUCGAUCUUUCCCCUUCACCCUCUCAUCCUAUUCACUCGCAUCCUUCUCCCACUCAUAUGCACUACCCAUUCCCACCACAAUUC